AUGGCUUGUUUGGUGAAGGGCGCAAACUCUUCUUUACCCAUCGAUUAUCAAUUGUUGUUGUUUAUCCUGACCCUUGGCGCCGGCUCCGCGCGGCCGCGACCACCCGUGACUUCUUCGGAGACGUUUCAUUGGCCCCACGCGUCAGACCAACGGACUUCCGACUCCGGAAAUAAACAAUGCCGGCCAUCGGAGCGGGUGAAGGCCGGUCUGUUGCAAGCCUACGUCAACUAA